AAACAAUUUUCAAUUCGCGUCUCCGUGAGAGAGAAAAUGGUGAACGCGAUUUUAAUGGCUUGUAUACUCGCCGGAAUUUUCGUCGGAAUGUUCAACGAAGUCGACGGAAUUCAGAUUUUAUCGAAAUCAAAGCUCGAAAAGUGUGAGAAAACAUCAGAUUCUGGUAAUCUCAAUUGUUCCACUAAGAUCGUCUUGAAUCUCGCUGUUCCCAGUGGAUCCAGUGGAGGAGAGGCUUCGAUUGUAGCGGAGAUCGUGGAGGUUGAAGAUAACUCGAGUAGUAAUAUGCAAACCGUACGGAUUCCACCGGUUAUUACAGUGAACAAAUCUGCAGCAUAUGCUCUCUAUGAUCUUACUUACAUUAGGGAUGUACCUUAUAAACCUCAAGAGUAUCAUGUCACGACUCGAAAGUGUGAACACGAUGCUGGACCGGAUAUUGUACAAAUUUGUGAGAGGUUGAGAGAUGAGAAGGGUAAUGUUUUAGAGCAGACUCAGCCGAUUUGUUGUCCAUGUGGACCGCAACGAAGAAUGCCUUCUUCUUGUGGAGAUAUUUUUGAUAAGAUGAUUAAAGGGAAGGCAAAUACCGCGCAUUGCCUUCGUUUUCCAGGUGACUGGUUCCAUGUUUUCGGGAUUGGACAACGGUCACUAGGAUUUAGUGUGCGAGUUGAGUUGAAAACAGGAACUAGAGUUUCAGAAGUGAUCAUUGGUCCUGAAAAUAGGACAGCUACUGCAAAUGAUAACUUUCUCAAAGUUAAUCUCAUAGGAGACUUUGGUGGUUACACAAGUAUUCCUUCUUUCGAGGACUUCUAUCUUGUAAUCCCAAGAGAGGCGGCUGAAGCGGGACAACCAGGGAGCUUAGGCGCAAAUUACUCAAUGUGGAUGCUGCUUGAGAGAGUGAGAUUUACAUUGGAUGGCUUAGAAUGUAAUAAAAUCGGUGUUGGUUAUGAAGCUUUCAACACCCAACCAAAUUUCUGCUCUUCUCCAUAUUGGAGUUGCUUGCAUAAUCAACUAUGGAACUUCCGUGAGUCAGAUAUAAACAGAAUCGACCGACACCAACUUCCUUUAUAUGGACUUGAAGGAAGAUUUGAGAGGAUCAAUCAACAUCCAAACGCGGGGCCUCACUCGUUCUCAAUUGGAGUCACGGAAACACUCAACACAAAUCUAAUGAUAGAACUAAGAGCUGAUGAUAUUGAAUACGUUUUCCAGAGGAGUCCCGGUAAGAUCAUAAACAUCGCGAUACCGACAUUCGAAGCACUUACACAAUUCGGAGUUGCUGCAGUCAUAAUCAAGAAUACUGGUGAAGUAGAAGCGUCUUAUAGCUUAACGUUUGAUUGCUCCAAAGGCGUGGCUUUUGUUGAGGAACAAUUUUUCAUUAUAAAACCGAAAGCGGUUACUACUCGGUCUUUUAAGCUGUACCCGACGAAAGAUCAGGCUGCAAAGUAUAUAUGCACAGCUAUACUCAAGGACUCUCAGUUCAGCGAAGUAGACCGAGCCGAGUGUCAAUUUAGUACAACGGCUACCGUACUUGACAAUGGAACUCAGGUUACUAAUCCAUUUCAAAUUCCAGAGACUCAACCUAAAGGUUUCUUUGAUUCGAUCAGGAUACUAUGGACGAAAAUCAUCAAUGGUUUAGUCGAUUUCAUCACCGGAGAUACUUGCAGAAACAAAUGCUCGAGUUUCUUCGACUUCAGUUGCCACAUUCAAUACGUUUGCUUAAGCUGGAUGGUUAUGUUUGGUCUUCUCCUCGCUCUCUUCCCAAUUACUUGUUUGCUUCUUUGGCUCUUGCACCAAAAGGGACUCUUUGAUCCAUGCUACGACUGGUGGGAAGAUCAUUUCGAUUUAGACCAUCAUCGGAGAUUAUUACCCUCCAGAGCAGACGUUGUUAACCGCCAUCAUCACCAUCACAAGCAUCGUCAUCACCAUAAUCACCAUCGUAGGACACACCAGAGACACAAACAUCAUCAUGGUCAAGACGACGACGUAUUGCAGAAGAUGAUGCUUGAACGUGACCACAGCGACUCUCACUACUACCACCAACUUCAUCGAGUCCAUAAAGAUAGCAAGCAGAAGCAGCGUAGGCGAGCCAAGCACGGGAUCGUCCUGCCACGUGAUGUGCACGUGGAAAGACAGAGGAAACAAAGACUACGUGAGAGUUAAAGAGUUAAAACUUAAAAGUGAUAAUGUCAGAUUUGUAUAUAUGUGUAUUAAACCGAAUCCCAACUGGAUUGUGAAGCAAAAAUAUAUCCGAGUU